GCUGUUGACAUGUAGUUGAAAAGUAACCUGUAACUGUGCAAAGAAGAACGAUAUAUUACAUUUGUCUUUUUUUUUGUUUACGUUUAGUAAGGCGCGUGCUCUGGGGAAACCGUCUGAGGAGAGGAGAUUAUUUAAAACACACCAAAAGACGCUGUACAUGUAGCUACACCAGCAGCAUGGCUUUAACGAUGAAUCAUGACAUAGCAGUUCUUCAGGGAGCUUUCCUUUUGGCAAACAAGAUGUGUUUGCCUUCAUCCCUGUCCUCUCUUCAGAAAGCUGACUGGAGCAAAGUUGGACAUUCAGUUCUGGAGGCGGUCCAAGAACUUUGUGGACAGGAUGAACUUCCCAGUCAACCUACGGACUGGAAACAGAAAGUAGUUUGUGUUGUCUGGUUGAAGGCUUUGUGUGGAGAGAUUGAAGAUGAUGUAGAGGCUGCAUGGAAGGAAAAUCCUUUCUUCCCUCUUCAGAAUGGCCUUCCUGACGUCAACCGUGCCGUCCUGCUGGAGCUGGUGAAGUCAGUGGCAGCUGCAGAUGUUUUUGCUCAUAUGCUUCUGUGUCUUCCCAGAGCUCAGAUUGUUCCUGAACUUGAAAAGCUGGCACAGCAUGUAAAAAGCAGCCCAACGAGAGAAGAUGAUGUGCAGCUGUUUCUGGACGUGUGGUGGGAACUGUGGAAAGGCAGAGAUGAGCGGAAAGUGAGAGAAGUGGACAACAAAGAAGACACAGGAACCAUGUUUGCCAAGGAGUUUGACCGUGUGUCAUCUAAGACGUCGGGCGUUUCUCCUCAGGCUAAAAGGCUCAAGCUAGACACCGUGGAAGAGCUGGUACCAUCAGCAUCCACUGAUGUUCUACACAUUUUACUUCACACACUAAAAGACAUUAAAGACUCUGUGUCCUCCACGGAUGUCUGUCACAAAGCCCUCAGUGUGUCCCUUGAUUGUCUAUACACAGCCUAUAUGAUUGACCAGGAGGACAAACUCCCAACUAAAGACAAGAUGCACAUAUUGUCCAAAGCUGUUGGCAUCAGAGCAGAGCAUGAUGGGAAACUGAGUCCUGAACUUAUUUGGGAGGUUCAGAGAGACUUCCGUGCAGCUCAGACACCCUCUCAGUUUCAACCCAACACAAUGACACUUGGAGAAGCCUUGGAUCUUAUAACAGACCUGACACAGUUCUGGCUAAACAGCACCACCAUCAAACUGGGAGACGGCGUCAACGUGAGUUACUCUGCAUUUAGAUUAGAACAAAGUGUCAACAAAGUUCUGGCCGCUCAAAACAAAGCUUGUUCAUCUGAAGCCAUGUGUGAAACGGACGAACACGUGACUAAGAUAAACACCCUCAGAAGUUUGCUGAAGUCGCUGACUUUUCCUGCCUCACAGACCACGCCCGAGACAGAAGCAGAGGUCACAAUGACCAUCAUAAACCACCAGCUAGAUGACUAUCAGAACUUCGCUUUGUUGUUUGCCAGUGAGGAGAGCUGGGCUUCCUCCAAUGAGCACUGGUUGGACUGUCUAGAGAAGAACAAAACAGUCUUUCAGCGGCAUGACAUUCUGAUCAGCCUCACCUCCACCGUCAUGGGUAAACUCCAGAGCGAGAACUCAGACGUGAACCAGGUCAAAAAGCUGAUCAAAGUCACCGCAGACAUAUUCUCAGCACUUACCUUAGAAGACAAAAACAAGUCACUGGAAGCCAUGAUGCAGUUGUCCACCAGGGGGUUUUUUGGACACGUUGUUCCCACUGAUGUGACGACAGGUUUUGAGAAGGAGCUCAACAUGACCUUCAACUGCAUCAUACAGGGAGGAGGCGGAGCCUCGGCAGCAGAUUCACAAAACAACCUGAGCACAGCUGCCACUCUGGUGGCGAGAGUGGCCUUCCAGAACCCGGAGGCCACGCUGAGGUCUUGUUGCCACGCAGCCAUUUUCAACAAGGGGGCAUUUUCUCUGAUGGCCAAGAUCCUUCAGCAGCUGCCUGGACUCAGAGAACAGACUGGGGGAAUUAAUGAGUCAGAAAAGAGCCAAAACGAUUAUCCCUGUGAGGAGAAGAAAGACGAGCGUGACGUCAGUCUCCUCUGCAGAUGUCUGCAAAACACAGUUAAGAAGAAAUCACUGUCAUCAGGUGAAAAAGAGCAGUUUCUCAAGUUUGUGGAUCUGAUGAUGUCGGCUGAUGGAGAAGAAAGAAGUUGUGGCUUUUUGACACAGCAGGAAGUCGUGAAUGUCUUUGUUCUGCCAUAUUUAUCCAAAGGUAACAGUUUGUUUGACAUUGAAUUGACUUUGAAACUUCUCCACACUGCUCUGAGUGUUGAUGUCCUGCAUCAAACGUCUUCUACCCACUGGGUGUUGGGCUGUUCUCCGUUUCCACUGCUCUACAUCCUGGCUCAGCUGCUCAACCAGACGCUCAGACUUUGGGAGCAGCCACCAGAGGGCUCUGUCCAUCAUUGGUCGAUGGAGACCAAAGAGCUACUGGAGUCGGUGCUGGCCACAUUAGCUCAGGUGGUGGGUGUGGAAGUGGCAGCAGACCCAGACACUUGGUCCAGGGCUCUUUUCUGGCUGUACAACAAGGUGGAGGAGCUGGACUGGACAGUGCGGUUCCACCUGAAGCCCGUGUGGGGAGAUCACUUCAAGAAUGAAGUCCCUUUGUCUCUGCUGACUGUAUGUGAUCUACCUGAGCAGGAGUGGUCAGGUUUGAACCUGCCUCAGUACGGCCAGGGCAGCGGCCUUUUGCCCUGGAUGGAGUGCUGCUCCAUAUCAGACUCUCUAAGAACAGCCAUGCUGUCAGGCCUCUCUCUGGACCAACGCCUGUCCGACCACGUCAACAUGUUCAGUAAAGGCCUGUUGCUGGCACUGACCCAGACUCUGCCCUGGUGCUCCGUGUCCCAGUGGUCCAGGCUCCUGGAGACACUGAGAGAGCUCAUCACCUCUGGUCGUCUCCACGUCCCCUUCUCACUGGAGUACGUGGACCACCUGCCUCUCCUGGACCUCAGGAGGUUUUCGUGCGAGCUCCGCCUGUCAGUGCUCCUGCUGCGCGCCCUGCAGCUGCUGUGUGGGUCCAGCUGCUCAGACUGGCUCUCAGAAGAAGGCUGGACAUAUGUUGGCAGACUCUAUGCUCACGCCAUGAGGGAGAUGCUGAACUCUGUCAAAGCUAAGCUGCUUCUUGGAGCAAAUGCUUCCCACACUUCACCGAUGGUCACUGAAGAGACAGCAAUCUCAGUGGAGGAAACAUACGACACUGGAAAGUCACACAUGGAGGAGCUGGAGAAACCUCCCAGUCAGGAAGUCCUCUUCGUUCUCAGCCAGCUCUUCUGCCAUGUUCAGCACAUCCAGGUGAUGAUGCCAACAGGCCAGUGUGAACCUCUCUUCCUGACCAGUCUGGAAAUCCUCAGCCACUACGAAGCCAUCAUGGCUGCCUUCCCAGACAGCAGCAGUGCACUGGAGAGUGACAACACCCGACACUUUUUCACCACCAUCACAGACAAUCUGGAGAACCAGGAGAUGAAGGUGGUGCUGCAGCAGAAGAUCGCUCAGCUUGUUGUGGCUGUGGAGGCUCACUGAGUUCACGUGUCGUCCACAGUCGAACUUCAGAUGUCCUGAUGUCUAAGCUUGAGGUUGAACAUUUCAGUAGCCUGCUGUUAAAGGAACGUUUGUUCAGUUUGUUACUGUGCUGUAAAAAUGACACUCUG